CAGACCAGUUCAAAAUUGGUUGCUGACUUCAAGCGCCCCACGCACGACUCAAGGUUGCCAAAAGUUUAAAAAAGUGUAAGAAAAUAAGGGCACAGGCUGGUGCGGUACGGCGGAUACUCUUCUACUAUACUGAAAUUGGGAGCCUGUAUCUUCAUAUCAUGCACUAUAGUGGCGAGGGAAUCCUUCAGGAGGCUCGGCAUGUGCGAGCGGUUUUUUGUGUUUCAUGCCAGUGCCGAAGUCGCGAACAUCAUGACUUCCUCGAUUUUCACCGGUAUGGCUGGCACUAGAUUUGUACCCAGUCAGCGCUCUAUUUUUCCUUGGACUGCUGCUUAUCCCUCACCGUCACAUGAUUGUUUACCACAAAGUUCGCAGCGGGUCAACUGAAGUCUCAGAUGGGCAUCUUGUGUGAGGCUUUUCAGAAAUACUCUUUUAUAUCCCAGUGGUAUCAUGCAAAUAUGAGUGGCACUUCUAAGGCUCUAAUUUAUCACUGAAAUUUAUUCUUUCGGCCAUAUUCACACAUUCAAACAUGGCUUCCCAUGCCUGCACAGAUGGUCAAGCAAACAGCAGUAACUUACACUCUGAAGAAUCAGUCCAAAACGGAAAUGCCACACGGCCAGUAAUGAAUCUACCUUCAAGCGGCCACUAUUUGCUUAAUUCCACAGCAAUAGUCGGCAUAUCUUUUGAAUUUCCACAAGAUGCACAUUCAGCUGAUGGGUUUUGGUCUAUGCUAAUGCAGGCUCGCUGUGCUUCGGAGGACUUCCCGCAAUCUCGAUUAAAUAUGUCAUCGUUUUACCAUACAGAUUCAGCGAGACAAGACUCGGUAUUCUCUUAACCCGGCGUUAUUAAAAACCAUACUAACACAGAACUAGCUUCCUUUCCGUGGAGGUCACUUUCUCGAUGGUUCUAUUGCUGGUUUCGAUGCGCCUUUUUUUUCAAUUUCAGCUCAAGAGGCGAUGGGUAUGGAUCCUUUACAGCGAGGUCUUCUCGAGACCACAUAUAGAGCUCUGGAGAAUGGUGAGGUCUUCAUAGAACAUGUCUAAAUGCCAAAUGCACGCUAAUCAAUCGCUAGCGGGCCUAUCUUUGGAGAUGGUCGUAGGUUCAAAAACUUCUGUGUAUACUGGAUGCUUUACAACAGACUGGAGAGAUAUGUAUGCAAAAGAUCCUGAUCAGUGGCCCAGCUAUGCAGCUACUGGUGUAACGGCAUUGUCAAUGUGUGCAAAUAGGAUCAGUUGGUUUUUCAAUUUUCGAGGUGCAAGUGCCAAUAUUGACACGGCUUGCUCGAGCAGUUUGGUUGCUCUUGAUAUGGCUUGCAGAGAUCUAUGUCUGGGAGAAGCGGAAAUGGUAUGUUAAUUCCUACCCUGCUUUGGUUCUUUGCCUUUGCGCUGCAGUUUGAGGCUUACUGACUAGAAUAUCAGGCUAUUGUGGGUGCCGGAAAUUUGAUGUAUUCUCCGGAUGUACUGCACCUCUUGCAAAGCAUGAACAUGCUCUCUACCGAUAGUAAGUGUCAUAGUUUUGAUGAUCGUGCCAAUGGAUACGCAAGGGGAGAAGGAUUUGCAGUCAUCGUGCUCAAAAGUCUUGCCGCGGCGAUAGAUGCAAGGGAUACAAUACGUGCAGUGAUUCGAGCUACAGGGACCAACCAAGAUGGUCGAACCCAACUUGUUACACAACCAAGUGGAGACGCGCAUGAGAUCCUCAUUAGGGAAACCUACAGGAAAGCGGGCUUGCAUCCAUCUUCGGCAUCAUACAUUGAAGCGCACGGAACUGGAACCCCUGCCGGAGGUAAGUAAAGAAAGUCCUAGAGUCGAAUAGUCUUGGAAUUAUAUUUACACUGAAAACAGACCCUAUAGAAGCCAAUGCGAUCGGCAAGGUGUUCCGAGAAUUCCGUAGUGCCGAUAACCCUCUUAUUGUGUAAGCAACAACGUUCAAUACAUUAUCAUUGUAAUCAGUGGGAGCAUGGGUCUGUCAUUCUGAGGUUCGAUUCUAACAGAUUUGAUCAGGGGCGCUGUCAAAUCAAACAUCGGUCACUUGGAAGGCGCUAGUGGUCUUGCAGGCCUGAUAAAAACGGUAUUGAUACUGGAGCGUGGUAUCAUACCACCAAACGCAAAUUUCCAGAAGCAGAACAUGGCCAUUGAUGCAGAGUUCCUGAAGAUUAAGGUAGGCUCUACACACAAUUAUGAAUGUUAACAGUCACUCGAACUGAAUUUGCCGAUAGUUUCCUACUUGUCCAACAGCCUGGCCAAACAGCGGUCCGCGUAUAGCGUCUGUGAACUCCUUCGGUUUUGGGGGUAGCAAUGCUCAUGUCAUUCUUGAGGAUGCAUUUCACUAUCUUCGAGACCAUAACUUGAAAGGAAACCAUGUCACCGUCCCAAAUAUACCGCCACAAUCUUAUCCGCAACCACAGCAACAUGCAUCCGCACCAGCACUUUCAGACAUACAUCGCAAUACCGCGCUUCCAAUGAAAAUUGUUCAUGAACAGUCCUCGGCUAAGAAGCUCCUUGUCUUCUCUUCUGCGGAUGAGGAGGGACUCAAGCGCAUUGCUGAAGCUUACAGUCUUUAUUUUAGGAAAUCAAACCUUGAUUUGUUGUCACACGAGUACUGGGACAGCUUGAUGUACACACUCAGCUCGAGAAGAACCUCACUACCUUGGAAGUGUUAUGGUUUGUUUGACUCUCUCGAUAAACUUCAAAACAUUAAGCAGGUUAUUUCCAAUCCAAUCUGCACAAAUGCAAGCUUCGAACCGACUUUUACUUUUAUUUUCACUGGUCAAGGUGCUCAAUGGGCAAGAAUGGGCGUUGAAAUCAUGGAAAGAUAUAGUGUCUUCAAACAUUAUCUCGAGAUGUGCUCCCUCGCUCUAAAAGAUGUUGGUUGUACUUGGGAUUUAAUAGGUAUAUUCUCUCUUUUCAUCUCAAUUUCAACACUCAAGUCUCUGAUAUUGCAAACAGCGGAACUUCGAAAGCCGAGAUCAUCGUCUAAAAUAAACAGUCCAGAAUAUAGCCAGCCUCUUUGCACAGCUCUACAGCUGGCAUAUAUUGAACUUCUCAGAGACUUGAAUAUUGUUCCUGAUACAGUAGUGGGCCAUUCUUCUGGAGAAAUCGCCGCUGCGUAAGCAAUUCAUAUACAAUAUUCUUGCAAUGGGACUAACCAAUACUUUAGAUACUCGAUCGGCGCUUUGUCUCUUCAAUAUUCCAUGCGAGUCGCCUACUACAGAGGGUUCUUGGCUGCUGAUUUGGUGGACAGUUCGAAGUACCCCAGUGGUGCAAUGAUGGCCGUUGGGCUGUCCGAAACUGGUAUCCAACCAUACUUCGAUGCCAUCUCAAAACAAUAUGGAAUCUGUGCAGUCGUUGUUGCUUGCAUCAAUAGUCAGAAAGGCAUAACAGUGUCGGGAGAUGAAAGACAAUUAGCAUCGUUGGAAUCGAUGUUACUCGCGGCAAAUGUCUUCGCCAAAAAACUGUUGGUCAACGUCGCUUAUCAUUCCCCUUUGAUGGCUCCCAUAGCCACGAAAUACCGUGAUGCUAUUGGAGAUAUGAAAUCUUUGUCGGUUCCUUCCUCUAACAUGAUUCCACCAACCAUGGUAUCAUCCGUGACAGGAGAUACAGUUGAUGCUAAAGUCCUCCGAUUGGGUAGCUAUUGGGUCAAGAAUAUGUUGGCGCCUGUCAAUUUUUUGCGAGCUAUGAAUCGUGUUUGUCAAGUACAAAAUAAGCCACCCCACAAACUCGACUUAAGCCAUCGCAAAAUUUUGACGACUAACACUUUGAUUGAAAUCGGUCCUCACUCAGCACUAAAGGGCCCGAUUAAAGAAAUUAUAGCCAGCGCCGGAGCGGAUUGGAUCGAAUAUCAUGCUAUCCUUAAACGAAACCAGUGCGCUAUUGAUGCGAUGCUGCACACUGCCGGCCGUCUUCACUGCCGUGGUUUUACUCAUCUUAACUUCGCUUCACUCAAUGGCCAUAGCGAUACCCACCCACCCCCUUGUCUGACUAACCUUCCUGAAUAUCAAUUUAAUCAUUCUCGCGAAUACUGGUGGGAAAGUCGAAUAAGUAGACAAUACAGAUUAUCUGGAGCCGGUCGGUUGGAUUUACUGGGAAAGCAGACCCCAGACUGGAUAUCACAUGCGCCUAGAUGGCGAAACUUCAUCAAGAUAUCUGAAAUGCAAUGGGUUGAAAAUCACAAGGUAAGCCAGCUCUGUUCGAAUGCAUAGAAGAAAAAUAAAGCUUAUGCGCUGAGUAGGUCAACGGUUCUAUCUUGUAUCCGGCGGCAGGCAUGCUUGUCAUGGCUAUUGAAGCUGCUCAUCAGAUCGCCAAAAGUCGACCAAACAACCAUAAAAUUAGUGGCUUCAGUAUCAAAAAAACUCAUUUCAGCCUUCCAUUGAUAGUUCCGACGUCUGCAGAAGGUAUUGAAGUUCAGUUUCAUAUUCAUCUUAAAGAAUCCUUGGGGAAGCCUUCCAUGUCAAAGUGGUCAGAGUUUGUGCUUUAUGGCUGGGAGAAUGAUCAAUGCAUGGAAAUAUGCCGCGGCUUUGUUCGUGUGGAAUAUGAGAGUCCAAUCAUUGCAAUCCACGGCCGGGAUUCUUUAACGGCACAGAAAUUGGCGUUGGACGAUCACCGUCACACCUACAAAAAGCUUUCAUCCGGGUCUAGCCAAAGAGUUGGCCAUCAAGACCUAUACCGAGCUCUGGAUGACAGAGGUUACGAGUUUGGCUCAGCGUUCCGAAGCUUAAACAACAUUCUUUCCAGUGAGAAUGGGUCCCGAGCUGAUGUGAAAGUGUUUGAUGGCCUAAAUAAUGAGCAAUUACAACCUCACAUAGUUCAUCCUACGACUUUAGAUGGAAUCUUUCACUUAGGACUGGCUUCUUCGUUUCGCAAUGGGUCACUAUCGGGUACUUUAGCUGUACCUACUUUCAUUGAAAAAAUAUGGAUCUCCAAGAAAGGCCUCAGCUCUACAGACAGCAGUAUUAUAAAAGCUGCUUCUAUUAGAGAAAAUAACUUGAAGACACUUUCGGACCCAGCUGCUACCACGGAGUAUUCCGCAUCGGCAGUUGACGAGAGCGAGACCAAACUUUUGGUGAAAAUAGAUGGACUGCGCAUGUCGGCUAUCGAAAAAUCUUCAGAAAUAGAUGUGGGUCAAGCUGAUAACUCUGUGUGCAACUCAUUAUCAUGGUUUCCGGAUGUUUCUCUGCUGAGCAAUGAUAGCAUCAUUACAUUGUGUAGCAGCCUUACGAACACAUUAGACAAUGAUAUAUCUUCGAGAAUAUCUACAAUUAAGGAUUUGGAGAUUGCCGCAUCAAUUUUCAUGAAGAGAAACCUUGAGAUUCCCGUUCAUUCAUACCCACAGCCGCAUCUGGAAAAGUACGCCUUAUGGGCCAAGCGUCAUUUGAAGAGUUUGGCCGAAGAUGUUGCAUUUAAAAAGUUAUUAGAAGAUGAUAUUGCCUCAGAACAGUUCAUUCGUCGUGUUGAAGCUGCAAGUGGCCGCGGAAAAUUAAUCGUCAAAGUUGGCCGGUGCCUCCGCAAAAUUCUUUCUGGUGAGAUCGAUCCUCUAGGAUUACUAUUUGGCGAUUCCGACGAUUUAGUCCGCCAAACCUACACCUUUUUCAACGAUGUCACAAGCCAUCAUUGGAGAAAGCUAUCGAUGUACAUAGAGCUUAUGACUCGACAAAACCCUAACAUGAAAAUCCUCGAAAUUGGAGCCGGUACAGGAGCUACGACUGAAAUUUUGAUGAAAACCUUCUUUCCAGACCCGAAAAAUCCACGUCUGUCUCGAUAUGACUAUACUGAUAUAUCAGCUGCGUUCUUUGAUGAGGCCAGGCGAAGGUUUGGUUCUCACCAGCAAGUAGAAUUCAAGGUUUUGAAUGUCGAGUUGGAUCCAAGUAGUCAAGGAUUUCAGGAUGGAAAUUAUGAUUUGAUAUUUGCAUCAAAUGUGAUCCACGCUACUAGGGAUAUAAGAGCAACAUUGCGAAAUGUCCACCGUCUUCUCAAACCUGGUGGCAAAUUGGUACUUUAUGAAGCAACUAAUAUCGAUGUUCUUCGGACCAGUUUCGUCUUUGGGCUCUUGCCAGGUUGGUGGCUCGGUGAGGAGAGCUUUAGGCCAUGGGGCGCCACGAUGGCACGUGAAAUAUGGAAAGAAGUUCUUGUGGAAACUGAAUUUUCGGGUAUAGAUAUGACUUUCUCUGACUAUGAAGGUGGGAUUGAGCAAGAGUUCGACAUUAUCGUCUCUACAGCCUCAAAAUUGGUUGAACAGCAUGAGGUUGAAGUAUAUAGUAUUCCACGACAAUUUGGAUCAUCAAGGAUUGGUUUGACUCACGAAAACUCUUCAGUUAUCAGGAAUGGCCUUGUUACACCACCAAUUAGAAACAGAAAUAUUUUCUACCUGAUCAUCAACCCAGCAUCUCAAACGCAAGCAAUUAUUGCUCAUCAAAUUCAAUACAACUUUAAUUCUCGUCAGAAUACGAUCAAUGACGAUACAGAGCUGAUAUUCCAAAUUUCAAGCCUCUCUCGCACCGCGAAGCUUGGCAAUCUUGACACCGUCAUCUGCAUAUUUCUACUCGAAAUUGACCAACCAUUCCUCCACGGUAUUAACGAGGAACAAUUCACUGAUCUGCAGCAUAUAAUAUGCUCAUCACAUGGAAAUCUUUGGUUAAAUUGUGCAGGAUUAUCCACGCAGACAACUCCUUCAUAUGCGUUGGUAGAUGGACUUUCUCGGGUGGUUCGUUCAGAGCUCAGCGCCAUAUUUGUCGUCGUCGGAUUUCACAUCACGUCUUCGAUGCUUACUGAUUUCCAAAUCAGUAGCUUGUUUAUUAUUCUCUCUAAGAUCGACUUCGAUUCUUCAGAUAUCACUUACGAGCCGAUGUACUUAGAGGCUAAUGGUACGAUGAACAUUGGCCGCGUUACCAAAGCAGAAUGCCUGAGUAAGGAGAUAGCCAGGGCAUCGUUGUUGGAUGAAGCUAAGGUCCAAAGCCUCCAUGAAAUUUCCGGCCUUCAGUUCUCCAAACUCAGAAACAGAUCCGUUGAAGCAGGAGUGUCCGACUUGCCAACCUUUGUUAUAGAUCAAACUUAUGAUGCACCUAUAGAAGCCGAUGAACUCGAGAUCAAAGUCCAUGCUCUUGGGCUACCACGAGAAUUCCUCGCUUUGAGCAGCUCCCAACUCGAUAAUGAAAAUUUGUCAGCCUUGUGUUGGAGCGGUAAUAUCACACGUCUAGGCUCAGAUGCUGCUUCGCAAUAUUCUUUGGGAGAAAAGGUGUUGAUGUUAAGGAAAGAAAAAUGUAAAACACACCUACGAGGGAAGCUCGCUUACACGAGAAAAAUGCAUCCACAAAUGUCUUUUAACGAGGCCGCCAUUCUACCUAUUAGCUUCGUUACCGCCUGGCAGUGUAUCAAUAGCAUUGCGAGAUUAGAAAAGGGAGAAUCGAUUCUAAUACACGAAGCCACGGGAAAUUUGUUGGAUGCCGCAGUACGGGUAUCACAAGAUCUUGGCGCCGAGAUCUUCAUUACAACUUGUUACGAUAUUCCGACAAGCACAUUAGCCGAAAGAUAUAAUAUACCGAUAACUCAUAUAUUGCACUCUGGCAGCAAUGAAAGUUUUGUUACGGCGAUAAAGCUGCUCGGCAAUGAAGGGGUUGAUGUAGUUUUCAAUUCAUCUACUGGAGAAAGCUCCCUUCCUUCUUGGGAUCUGGUUAAACCAUAUGGUAGGUUUGUUGAUGUCAGUAAAACCGCAUCGUGGAUGGAAUCCGAAUUGCCCAUGCAUCCAUUCAAACGAGGAGCAAGUUUUUCUUCUUUUAACAUUUCAGAUUGGAUCGCAUCCAAACCUUCGCAGAUCCAGAGCUGUCUAGAAAAGUUUGUCCAGGUUUUUCCCAACUACCACAUAUCCGGGAAUGGCACGGAACCAAUACAAAGUUUUCCAAUUUCCAAAAUGAAAGAAGCACUAGCUUUUAUGAAUCUAAAUCAAAUUGUCAACGAUAUAGUGUUGGAGAUGAACCCUUCCGAUAAAAUCGUAACACUAUCCAGAAAAGGACCUAAAUACUCGUUCCACCCCGACGCAAGUUAUAUAAUAGCCGGCGGGCUAGGAAGCAUUGGUCGAGCAAUAGCAAGAUGGAUGGUUGCGCGCGGCGCCAAACAUCUUAUCCUCCUCUCCCGCAGCGGGCCCCAAACUCCCACUGCACAAGAAUUCCUCUCCGAGCUCGCUACCCUCGAUAUCAAGGUCGCCGCUCCUGUCUGCGACAUAGCUUCCAUGUGUACCCUUCGCAGCACCCUCCAGCAGCUCAACUCCCACAUGCCCCCCAUAAAGGGGUGUAUCCAAGCCUCCAUGGUGCUCUCAGAUUCGUCUUUCCAAUCCAUGGGGUAUUCCCAAUGGCUCAGCAGCACAUCUCCAAAAGUCCUCGGAUCUUGGAAUCUACACAGUCUCUUGUCCCAAGGCCUGGAUUUCUUCAUCUGUCUCUCGAGUAUCUCGGGUAUUAUCGGUUUCCCAGGUCAAUCAAAUUACGCAGCGGGAAACACUUACCUCGAUUCCCUGGCACGUUACCGCAUAUCACAGGGCCAAAAGGGCAUUUCUAUCGCUUUAGGCGUCGUGGACGAAGACGGAUAUCUUUUCGAAAACCCGCUUCUUAAAGAGAAGGUCAUAGCUUCUACGCCAGUGAUGCCAAUAUCUCGGACCACAUUUUUAAAUCUCCUAGACUAUUUCUGCGAUCCGAAUCUGGACGUCGACGUACAAUCAUGCAAUCCGAUCAUUGGUCUGCAGGCGCAGCAGGAAAAAACCACACGUGAUUUAGAGAGCGCGGGCAGUGUAUGGAAAUCAUGGUUUCAAAGCCCCUUAUUUUCACAAUUCCAGAGCCAAGCCCCGCACACCUCCUCUCCAAACGUCUCAUCCCCGUCAUCAUCCGCUUCUCUCCAAAAGCUUCUCACCGAAGCCCAAACUCCACAAGAAGCAGUAACCAUCGUUCUCGAAGCAUUGAUAAGCAAGGUCGCCAAAAUGUCGGGAAGUAUCAAGGAAGAAUCGAUUGAUCCUAAAAGCGCAAUGCAUCAUUAUGGUGUGGAUUCAUUGGUGGCGAUCGAGAUUCAGAAAUGGGCUAAGCGGGAGUUGGGGGCUGAUGUGAAGGUUUUUGAUAUUCUUGGGGGAGGCACGUUUUUGCGGGUUGCGGGGGAGAUUGUGGAGAGGAGUGGGGUUGGAAGGAUGGGUGUGGGUAUGAGUGGAUGAGUGGAUGGAUAUUAUGAGGAUAGAUUGUUUAUUCGUCUUAGAAUCAAGAUGGAAUUAGAAGGAGCAGGAGAAGGAAUAAAGAAAUACAGAGGGGGGAGUCGAGGGGUGAUAAAAAAGCGGGAAAUAAGGCAUGAAGAAAGAUAAAAUGUGGGAUGCGGGAUGUAGGAUGUUUCUGUCUGCUCUUUUCUUCUUUCCAUUUAUGCGAUGCACUGGAAAAUACAUAGUAUCGAAAUAUCAAAUUCUCAAUACUCUUCGUUGAAUAAAGAAAUUUGGUAAGAUCUUAUAUUCACCCAUAUAUAUAUCCAACCAACCACGCCAUUCAUAUCCCUAUAUCACCAUCCUUCCUAAGUAAUUAUACCAACGAUAUCAUUCAUAUCCUCUAUUCAGACCCGAAACCAAAAACAUCUAUUUAUCACAAGAUCUUACUUUUACUUCCUAGCUAAUUAUUGUUAAUUCCGCAGUGUCCGAGAUAUGUAGUUCGGCGUGGAUGGAGUUUAUAUCAAAUUCUCCCGAUUUCUCAUAUGAUAUAUCCACCCGAAUCUUCCAAAUUUUGGGGAUGUUUACUUGGAAGUUGGUUGUGAGUUUGGUACCGAGGCAUCAUUCGAUGAUGGAAUGUGAUCGUUUCCACCAUGUAAAGAUCUAAUAUGCAUUUCUUUCUCCGCGUCCCCAAUAUCCACACCAUCGAGUUUUUCCCCUC